AUGAUAUCGCCAAUACAUUUUAUCUGUGUUUUUACCAUCUUAUCGAUUGUUCUUACUGCCAAUCUUACCUAUGGUGCAUCAGUUAAUUUGAAAAAUUCUGGUGCACUUAAAUAUAAUAUGAAUACUCACGUAAUCAACGGAAAACAUGAGAAUCAGUACGGUCCAUCAAACCAAUUAUCUGCUGAAAAAGUUCAUAUCAAUAAACGUCAAUAUCCGGCAAAAGGAAUAUCAAGAGGAAAACGUGAAUAUUCAACGGAAGGCAUUCUAUUAGGCAAACGCGCUUUUGCAUCUGAAGGUAUUCUUAUUGGCAAACGUCGCUAUCCAACAGAAGGCAUCUUACUCGGUAAACGGCAAUAUCCAAUUGAAGGAAUUCUUUUAGGGAAACGCAAUUUACGUUUUCCUGAUUCAAAAGCUUUUGAAACGGAUAAUAUUCACUUCGACGAUUAA